CUGCAUCAGCAUUAGGCCAUUAGGUGCUACUACUAGAUGACUUGAUCUAUUUGGUCUGACUUGGUCUUGAUGCUUAUUUCUCCAUACGUUAUAUUUUUCUUCAAAUUCUCGUCUGUCUGCGUCCGCCGUCGAUGCGAGAAUCUUUUUCUGUAAACGUGUCAGUUCUCCACGAGGUUAGAAGCAUGCAGCAAUUGACAUCUGCCGCUUAAGAAGACGUAUAUAACGGAAAAGAAAUGACAUCCAUUUCUGCUAAAGCUGAUAAGCAUGGCGGUGGUGAUCAAAGGGAGAGCGAUCUAUUAACGUCCAUAAAGGACAAGUGUUACAACUUAAUUGAUGAAAGGGGGGAUCAUGAUACAUCGAAUAAGUUAAAUGCACAAAAUGUUACAAAAGAAUUGAUUGCCAAAGAAUCUGGACGUGGAAUGACACAAUCAGAUUCUGAGUCAGCAACACAGUCUUCGUAUACAUUAUCGAUAGUGAGCACAGGCGACAAUCGUGAUGAUGAUAGCAAGAUGAAAAGCACUGAGUCCUCUGACAGUGAAAUGAUUCUUAUUGAUGAAGAAAAUAUUGGGUCUAAUGCAGAUUCCAAUAUCCAAAAUAAGGGAGUCCAAAUCGAAAUAAGGGGGUACGAUCCUACUAUUGAUGAGAGAUUGCCAAAAACUGUCACAUUAUUGACCACACCCGAUGGAGGAAAGUUAUACCUAAUAGGAACGGCGCAUUUCAGUGUUGAAAGUCAAAAUGAUGUGUCAAAAAUUAUACAAGCUGUGCAGCCUCACAUAGUUGCAGUUGAAUUGUGUAGAGCUAGAGUUGGUAUACUACAACUUGACGAGAAAGUUUUGUUUGGCUACGCUAAGAAUAUUGAUUACAAAACUAUUAUGGAUACCAUUAAAAGGGAAGGACUGUAUGUUGGUUUACUACACAUUUUAUUGCUAAGAAUGGCAGCUCGUGUCACUCAGCAACUUGGUAUGCCACCAGGAGGGGAAUUCCGAAGGGCAUUUGAGGAGACAAAGAGUGUGCCAAACUGUAUUAUUCAUCUGGCCGAUCGACCAAUUAACAUAACAAUGCAACGUGCGAUACGAUCAUUGUCCUGGUGGCAGACUAUAAAACUAGGGUGGAAUGUGGCAGUAAUGAAAGACUCUAUUACUCAAGAGGACGUUGAACUCUGUAAGCAACAAUCGAUGUUGGACGAAAUAAUUGCCAACAUGAAGGAGAAAUUUCCAGCGUUGGACGAAGUGUUUGUGAAAGAGAGAGAUAUUUACUUGACGAAUUCUCUACAGUUGUCCUGUCUGCCUCAUCGUGUUUUUAAUCAUUCUUACGAAUCAGCGCGUGUCGUAGGAAUCGUCGGUUUAGGACAUACACCCGGCAUCAUUGAAAAUUGGGGUAAAGUUAAGCCUUCCGAUAUACCGCCUAUCAUGAGAAUACCACCAUCAUCGUUGUCGGGUAAAAUUUUAAAGCUGACCGUUAAGGCAUCUGUACUUGGUGCUGUAAUUUACAUAGGCUACAAAGUUGUAGCGGUACCUGCUGCUAUCACGUUCCAAUCUCUUAAGUCAUCGGUUCAGGGACUUUUACAAGUUGGUAUUGCACGAUAGGAUUUUGUUCAUU